UGGAUGUGACGCAGAAGGAUGCCUUUGCAAUCAGUGAUGAGCUACCAUCUCUCUCGCUGUCUCCUUCACUCUUUCUCCCCCCAACCCCCAAACUUAUCAAGAGAAUGAGGAGUGGAUAUUCGUUGAGUGAUUCUCAUGUCAUUUGGACAUUAUAUAUACGGGACAUGUUGGGUUUUAAUUCUCUCUGAGUUGAUGGAGGCUCGGAACUCUGGCUGCAAAAAGGCUAUGGCUAAGAUGGGAAAUUGGGGAACUCGGGUAAUGGUUAUAAUGGGGUUUUUCUUGAGUUCAGCUCUGUUAUGCAAUGGAGGAGUCACCAGUAGCUUUGUAAGGGGUACUUACCCAUCCAUUGAUAUGCCGCUUGACAGCGAUGUUUUUCGUGUGCCCUCAGGCUAUAAUGCACCACAGCAGGUUCAUAUAACUCAAGGAGACCAUGAAGGGCAGGGUGUGAUUGUGUCUUGGGUCACCCAAGAUGAACCAGGCUCCAGCACUGUGCUUUAUUGGCCUGAGGGCAGUGGGGAGAAAUACAGUGCAGAGGGAAUCUACUUGACCUACAAGUACUACAACUAUUCUUCAGGCUUUAUCCAUCACUGCACCAUCACUAACUUGGAGUUGGACACGAAAUACUACUACGAGGUUGGGGUUGGAAACACCACACGGGAAUUUUGGUUUAUAACUCCUCCCGCAGUUGGGCCUGAUGUUUCUUAUACAUUUGGUCUCAUAGGGGACCUUGGUCAGACUUUGAAUUCAAAUAGCACACUCACUCAUUACGAAAUGAACCCGAUCAAGGGGCAAACAGUGCUGUAUGUUGGUGACUUCUCUUAUGCAGAUGACUAUCCAUUUCAUGACAACGUUAGGUGGGAUACAUGGGGCAGGUUCAUUGAAAGAAGUGCUGCUUAUCAACCUUGGAUAUGGACAGUGGGAAAUCAUGAGAUCGACUUGGAUCCUCAAAUUGGUGAAUUUGUGGCUUAUAAGCCCUAUACAAAUCGAUUUCAUGUGCCAUAUCAUUCUUCAUAUAGUAUUUCACAAUUUUGGUACUCAAUCAAACGAGCUUCAGCAUAUAUCAUUGUCCUUGCUUCAUAUUCAGCAUUUGGACCGUACAGUUCUCAAUACUCUUGGCUUCAACAAGAGCUACCUAAAGUGAAUAGAAGUGAGACACCAUGGUUGAUCAUCCUUAUGCAUUCACCAUUGUAUAACAGCUACUACGGUGCCUAUAUGGAAGGAGAAGCUAUGAGAGUAGUAUUUGAACCAUGGUUUGUAAAAUACAAAGUUGAUGUCGUAUUUGCUGGCCAUGUUCAUGCAUAUGAAAGAUCUGAACGUGUAUCAAACAUUGCAUACAACAUUACAAAUGGUCUAUGCACACCUAUAAGUGAUCCAAAUGCACCUGUAUACAUAACAAUUGGUGAUGGAGGGAAUAUUGAAGGCCUAACGACCAUCAUGACAGAGCCACAGCCUCAGUAUUCCGCAUUUCGUGAAGCCAGUUAUGGUCAUGGUAUUUUUUCUAUUAAGAACCGGACCCAUGCUUACUUUGGCUGGCAUCGAAAUCAAGAUGGAUAUGCUAUAGAAGCCGAUUCAUUAUGGUUAUACAAUAGAUACUUUCAUCCUGUGAAUGAAACCGUUAGUUCAAUGUGAUUGUGAUGAGGACAUCAUCCAAGGAAUUAGGACAUAUCAGAGGAGACAUUGACGAACACAACAACAUAUCACUACAUUGUGGCUAGAUGUCUCUUGUGUGGAUGCAUAUUUCUAUUUACUUAUGUGUAGCUUGUUUAAUUUUGUUGUAUUUUUAUUUUAGUUAGUGUACAAUCUGUUGUGUAUUAACGUUGUAAGAGAGUUAUUAAGGAGUUAUUAAUAGAGAAGCAGUUAUUAGGGAGUAGUUAUUACUGGAAAAGUAGUUUUUAGGGAGUUAUUUCUCCUUUUUCAUUUUGGAUUUUAAAAGGUUGUAUUUGGACAAUCAAUGGAAUAAAGAAUUAAUGAAUAGAAAUA